AUGGGCAUCGUGUUCCGCCACGACUCAACCCCAGGCGGGCUUGAAACAGCAUUGGUGAUUCAAGGGAGAGAACUGGAGAAGCACAAGGUCCGUAUGCGGGGGGAUCUUUGGUGCUUGCAAGCUUGGAUGCUCUCAUCGUCGAUCUACAUGGCACGCAAAAGGGCCAAGCUUAUUCUCCUACUUCCUAAACACCAGGUGAGGGAGGCGUCAGGAAUGGCGGGGGAGGGAGCUGUGAGCUUCGUCCACAACCGGACCGGUGCUGGUCUCUAUAGAGACAAACAGCUUCAUUCCGGUGAAACAAUAAGGACCCUGCUAUGCGGCUUACGUUCCAACGCAUUCACUCCAGCGGCUCUGGUUGCCAUCGCCCCUCCGACUGCGCUACAAUGGUGA